UCGGCCAAAGCUUUCGUUAUUGUCGCUGUCUUACACGUUUAUCGUUUUAAGAACAGAAAAACCGGCAGUUUCAUUCCGUGACCGUAAACGAAACAACAUAGAAGUUUUCAGGUACUAGUUGUACACAUGUGCAGAAACUUAAGCAUUAGCAAAUACAUAUAUUAAAAUGAACGGCAAAGCCGAUAUUGCAUUAAUUGGCCUGGCCGUUAUGGGCCAAAACCUCAUAUUGAACAUGGAUGAAAAGGGCUUUGUGGUCUGUGCGUAUAAUCGCACCGUUACUAAGGUUAAAGAGUUCCUUAGCAACGAAGCUAAAGGAACCAAAGUGAUCGGUGCCGAAUCCUUAAAGGACAUGGUUGAUAAGCUGAAAACGCCUCGCAAAAUUAUGCUGUUGGUCAAAGCUGGCACCGCUGUUGACGACUUUAUACACCAGCUAGUGCCGCUGCUCUCGGCCGGCGAUGUUGUCAUCGAUGGCGGAAACUCCGAGUACCAGGACACUUCAAGACGAUGCAACGAGCUAGCAAAGCUAGGCCUGUUAUAUGUUGGAUCAGGUGUGAGCGGGGGCGAGGAAGGCGCGCGGCACGGUCCCUCGCUUAUGCCUGGGGGGCACGAGGCGGCCUGGCCAUUGAUCAAACCAAUCUUCCAGGCCAUAUGUGCGAAGGUGAAUGGUGAGCCCUGCUGCGAAUGGGUGGGCGACGGUGGCGCCGGACACUUUGUUAAGAUGGUUCACAAUGGUAUCGAGUACGGAGACAUGCAGUUAAUAUGCGAAGCUUAUCAUAUUAUGCAGAGUCUUGGGCUCAGUGCGCCUCAAAUGGCUGAGGAGUUUGAAAAAUGGAAUGCCGCGGAGCUGGACUCGUUUCUCAUCGAGAUUACGCGCGACAUACUGAACUACAAAGAUAGCCAAGGCCAUCUACUAGAGCGCAUACGCGACAGUGCGGGCCAAAAGGGCACUGGAAAGUGGACUGCCAUUGCAGCUCUGCACUAUGGUGUUCCGGUCACACUUAUUGGUGAAGCUGUCUAUGCGCGCUGCUUGUCAGUGCUGAAGGACGAACGUAUGUUCGCUAGCCGCCGGCUAAAAGGUCCGGAAACGCAGGCGACCGUGGUAAACCAAGCACAAUUUCUCGACGACAUCAAACAGGCACUGUACUGUGCCAAAAUUGUUAGCUAUGCCCAGGGAUUUAUGUUGAUGCGUGAGGCAGCCAAAGAAAACAAGUGGACGCUGAACUACGGUGGUAUUGCACUAAUGUGGCGCGGGGGAUGUAUUAUUAGAAGUGGGUUCCUGGGCAACAUCAAGGAGGCGUAUACACGUCAGCCGACGCUAACAAAUCUAUUGCUCGACGACUUCUUCCGGUGCGCAAUAGAGAAAGGUCAGGCUUCUUGGCGCACAGUGGUGUCUAGUGCCUUCUGUUGGGGCAUUCCUGUGCCAGCGCUCUCCACAGCAUUGUCUUUCUACGAUGGUUAUCGAUCAGCUAAGCUACCGGCGAACUUGCUACAGGCGCAGCGUGACUAUUUUGGCGCCCACACCUACGAGCUCCUCGGCCAAGAGGGCAAAUUUGUGCACACAAACUGGACUGGAACAGGUGGUAAUGUCUCGGCUAGCACUUACCAGGCAUAACGGACGCUAAUGCAAACGCACAUUCCACACAACCCAUGUCUUUGCCAGGCGUUUGGAUUGUACUGCUUUUUAUUUUUUACUUCAAGUAGAAGUACUUUUUUAUGUAAGGAUUAUUUGUGUAUAAAUUCACGUGCUUUUAUACAUACUAUUAAACUGGUGUUUCUGCAGCAACUUCCAUUUCA